CACGGUGGAACAAAAGCCAAUCAAACAACACCAUUUUGCUGAUAUGUAAAUCCACCUCAUCUGGGUAUCAAAGGCUUGCCUCGCUCUGCACAUUUUGUUUAUCGAUAAAUACUUUGAUGGGGCUGCAGCAAGGACCGAGUAUUGCAGGGCAUCAACAUGGGGAAGAUCACUUUCUACGAGGAGAAGAAGUUCCAGGGCCGCUGCUACAACUGCAGCAGUGACUGUGCAGACCUGCACACCUACUUCACCCGCUGCAGCUCCAUCCGGGUGGAGAGUGGCGUGUGGGUGAUUUACGAGAGGCCCAACUACAAGGGCUUCCAGUACAUCCUCUGCCCAGGAGAGUACGCUGAUAACCAGCAGUGGAUGGCCUUCAGCGACAGCGUCAAAUCCUGCCGCGUGAUUAAGAACGUUUACGGCAGCGCCUGGAAGCUGAGACUGUACGAGAGGCCAAACUUUGGGGGUCAGAUGGUGGAGUGCAGUGAUGACUGUCCAUCGCUGUACGACACCUACAAGGUGCGCGAGGCCUACUCCUGUGUGGUGACCGAUGGCGCCUGGGUGUUCUACGACCUCCCCAACUACAGGGGGCACCAAUACCUCCUGGAGCAGGGCGAGUAUCGGCAGCAUGCCGAUUGGGGGGCCUCCUCUCCUGGCGUAGGCUCCUUCCGCAGGAUCACAGAGUUCUAGCCGCCACUGGAAAAGCAUUGACCAUCAAUAAAUGAGAAAGAAACUCCA